CAUGAAAAACACCACAGAGAAAACCAAGAAGAUGGUUGAUGAUCAUGAUCAUGAUAAUGAUCGUAUACUAUGGGAUUGUGGGAGUCCACUCUAUGACUCCUACGAGCUCGUCUCUCUCACUCACAUCAUCGAACGUCACUUCAUGUAUCUUCCCUCUCUCUCCGGCGCCAGAAAAGUUUGUUCUUCUCGCACACCGUCUGAUUUGGGAGAUAAGGCGAAUCGCACAGCCAGCACCGUCGUGGAUCUAUGCUGCUCCUCUGAUUCAGCGACAAGUAAAUUGUUGGGUGGUGUUUUUGGGAUGAAAUGGUGGAAGAACAAGAAAAAUGCUGAUGUCGUGGAGGAGGUUCACAAGAAGAAGAAGACCAAGAAGGUGUUUCAUCGGGUUCUCUCUAGGUUAAGGAUUCAUACAACAAGACCUGUUUCUAAGAAUAUGUGAUUUUUACUCUCCUUUGUAAAAAUAUAAAAGUAUUGUUUGUUUAUUUGAAAUAUUAUCGAAUAAAUUAACUGUAAUGAGAAUGUGAUUUGAACUCUG